AUGAGACCCUCAUUCCUUUCUCCCAAGCUCCGCAUCGCACCUCUUCUGGUAGCAACGCUGAGUAUCCUAGCCACAGGAUGCACAGCAGCCACGGUAACCAACAGUCUGCUCCUCGCCUCAAUCGCCGAGCAGCUAGCCCUACCCGCCAUGACCUGGUCUGCCAACGGCACGCACACGGCCAAGGGUUUCACCACGCAGCAAGCUGACACCGCCAGCGCCGAGGGGCUCAAGGCCGACUGCGACAACAUCAACCUCAACAAGAAGCUGGCUACCGACUUCCGCAGCGACGUGCUGGGUGCGGGCGUCACGGGCUUUUUCUUCAAGUGCGAGAGUGUCAGCGCCGAUACCAACAAGUACUGGUUUACGAUCAGUAGUGGGAGCUCGGCGCAGAUCGAUAAGCUGUGUGAUUCCAAUACCAAGUAUCCGAUUGUCUUUGAUAAGCAACACAAUACUUGGUUCAUUGAUGAGCCUUUUGAUUGUGCUAGGCGGACUAGUCCGACGGAUGUUGUUGGAUCUUGA